AUGGGACAGUGGAGAAGUGCAGGACCCUCGCUCAUAGCCUACUUGUACAAGGCCUUCACCGUCACUAGGGUUAGCCUCGGUGCCACCGUAGUCAGGCUAUUCAGCACUAUUUAUACCUCUGGGAUCCCCGGGCUGCAAGGAGAAUUUCACGUCUCCAAGCUUGUCGCACUCCUAGGUCUCACCACAUCCCUGCUCGGAAUGGCUGCCGGAAGCCUGGUCGUCGCGCCCAUGAGCGAAUCACUCGGCCGGCGACCGCUCUACAUCGCAUCUAUGGCAGCGUUUCUGGCACUCGUCUUGCCGAGCGCUCUGGCUGAGAGUAUCGCGACCGUUAUCGCCACUCGGCUUUUCGGAGGGUUCUUUGGUAGCACCAUGAUGUCGAACUCGCCCGCCACCGUCAACGACAUCGUUUCAGACAAGCACCGCGUACUUGCUUUAGGGUUCUGGUUCGUAGGCCCGGCGAACGGGCCCGUCUACGGGUCAUUGAUCGGUGGUUUCGUCUAUCAACCCUCUGCGAAAGAGACGUACGCUCCCGUGUUGCUGAAGAGACGAGCCGCCGAAAAGUCCAAGGCAACCGGAGACGAUAGAUGGUGGACGCGCUACGAUCAUGGGCAAGGGCUCUGGCCAUUGCUGAAGAUCAAUCUAUACCGCCCACUCAAGAUGAUGUGCACCGAGCCGAUCUGCAUGUUUUGGAACACAUACAUCGGCAUUGUUUACGCGACUCUUUGUCUCUGCUUCGUCGCUUAUCCGAUUGCAUUUCAACAGGAACGGAGCUGGGCGCCAGGGAUCGGCGGACUGGCGUUUCUGGGGAUUGGAUGUGGCACUCUCAUUCCCAUUGCGGCAGAGCCUCUUCUUCGCCGCAUCGUCAACCUUCAUCAAAAAGACCCGGCCACGGGCAAUGUCAAGCCCGAAGCCAGAGUCAGCAUCGCGUCCAAUUCUCUGUCGGCAUCCGAUUCUCUGUCGGCAGACAGCCUGCAGGAGCGUCUGUGGAUUGAGGCGUAUGAUGCCCUUGAGGCCGGGGAAAAAAGCAUAGUGGAAGCAUACGAGAAACUCCUUGUACACAGGCUUGAGAAGAUCCUUGCAAACCCUCUGACGGAGUCCAGUAUCAACCGCGAAGGCAUUACGUACGUUUUGUCGACGAUGGAUUGGUAUUGCAAACUUGUUGAGCUUCUUAUCGACGGCGAGGACCGGUCGAAGAAGCUCAGAGACGAACUUGAGAAACAAAUUGUCGAACUGUACAGAAGGCUUCUCCUGUACCAAAUGAAGAGCGUCUAUCGUUACUACCGGUCUCAGAUCCUAGUCUUACUUGGAGACAUCUUCAAGAUCGAUGACUGGGCGGGAGAACUCACUGGUGUUAAGGAAGCCGAGGAUCAUGUGCGGGCCAAGCUAGGCCAGUAUCAGAGCCCGUCGAUUUGUGACUCGCUCAAAACCCUGGCUGGUGUCAUGCACCAUCAAACCGACCAAACUCAAGAUCUAUCAUCUUUGAUUCAGAAGCAGUAUCAAGCGCAACAAGACAGAGACAAGCACCGGGAUAGGGAAAACUGCUUGAUUGACUUUCGUCAGAAGGUUGACCCCCAUCACGAAAAGGACCGUAUACAGAACGAGAAAGGGGGGCUUCUUCGAGAUGCUUACUCCUGGGUUCUGGAUCACGAUAGCUACGGGAAAUGGCACAAGGAAACUCAUCACAAGAUACUCUGGAUCAAGGGCGAUCCGGGUAAGGGGAAAACCAUGCUCAUAUGCGGCAUCAUUGACGAACUAGAGACGGACCCUACUCACACCCUAUCAUACUUCUUCUGUCAAGCCACCAAGACGACACUCAACAAUGCCACUGAUGUGCUACGAGGGCUUAUCUAUGGACUUGCAAAGAGGUAUUCGCAGGUCUAUCGGCAUAUCUACGACAAAUACAAAGAUGGCGGCGGAAAGGCGGCAUUCGAAGGAGACAGCGCGUGGGGAGUGAUGUGCGGUAUUAUGAACGCCAUACUGGGUGAUCCAAUAAUGAAUGGUGUGCUGUUGAUCGUAGACGCUCUCGACGAAUGCGUGGAAGGUCGCCAGAAGCUUUUGGAUUUCAUUUGCGAGAGAUCAAAGGAUUCUCAUGCCAAGUGGGUAGUGUCAAGCCGCAAUUGGCCGGAAAUCGAGACAAACCUCAAGAGGAUCACGGGACGUACGUCGGAGCUGUCCCUGGAGCUGAACAGCGAUCUUAUUGCCGAUGCUGUUCGCAUGUAUAUCCGAAUAAAGGUUGACGAGCUCGCUGAGAAAUCACCUUACGAUGACGACCUAGACCUCCGCAACCACGUCGAGAAGUACCUCAACGACAACUCGAGCGACACAUUUUUAUGGGUGGCGUUGGUCUGCGAUGCGCUUCGUCAAGACAAUAUAACAGUACGAGACCACGUUAUCGGACAGGAAGGGGUUCUGCAGACGUUCCCUAAAGGGCUCGACAAGCUAUACAAGCGCAUGUUCCAGUACAUUUCUGGUACGAGGGAUGCAGAUCUAUGCAAAGCUGUUUUGGCCGUCACAUCCAUACUGGAACGUCCUGUCAUAUCUCUUGAACUUUGCUCCAUAAUGGGGCUGUCGAAGAAAUUUGACAGAAAAGUUGAGACUUUGGAACGUGUCGUGCGUUGUUGUGGCUCUUUCUUGAGUCUUCGAGAUGGAACUGUUUAUUUCGUACACCAGUCAGCCCGAGAUUUUCUACUCGACAAGGAGGAAGACACCUUUGCCAAUCUUUUCCCGCGCGGAGUCGAGGGUUUGCAUUGGGCAGUGUGUUUGGAAUCAUUGGGUGCCAUCUCCAAGGUCACACGUCGCAACAUCUAUGGACUGAAAGAUGUCGGCAUUGCCCAAAAGGAUAUCAUCAUGCCCAAACCGAAUCCUUUGGUCUCUGUUGCAUAUUCUUGCGCUUUUUGGAUGAAACACCUAGGAGAAUCAAGUACUGAGAGGGACAUCAAAGACUAUGAGUUUGUCAAUGAGUUUCUUCGAACCAAGUUUCUGUACUGGCUCGAGGCCCUUGAUCUCAUCGGUGAGCUGUCGAAAGCAGUACAGGGCAUACAGAAGCUUCAAAAUGUGAUCGUAAGUUAA